AUGGGCUUAUUAUCCGAUAUCUCUGCCGACUCGCCUUUCAGCUUGGACAAUAUCCCAUUCGGGGUGUUCUCGAUAAAACAAGACCCGACUCCGCGGUGUGCCACUGCUAUUGGCGAGUUUGCUUUGGAUCUUCGCGCGCUCAGUCAAUCCGGCUUUUUUCAGGACGCUUCGGUGGCCGAUGCCCUUAGCCAGGCGACCCUGAACACAUUCGCAGGACUCCCAGCAAAGACCAGAACUGCCGCGCGAGACCAAAUCAUCUCUGCCUGCAAAGAUGGCCAGAUCCCAGACUCCUGCUUGCACAAGCUGGCAGAGGUGAAGAUGCAUCUGCCCGUGGCCAUUCCGGAGUACACGGACUUUUUCUGCUCGCUGGAGCAUUGCACCAACUGCAUGCCUAUAACAAACAGCAAGAUUCCAGAGAACUUUUAUCAUGCGCCGUCAGCAUACAACGGCCGGGCAUCCAGUGUCAUCCCAUCACCGUCUCUGGUUCGUCGACCAAGAGGCGUGUAUUGGAAAGCUGGGACAAAGGAGCCGACCUAUGGACUGUCCCAAUUCAUCGACUUCGAGCUUGAGAUGGGAUAUGUCGUGUCCAAACCAGUUCCUUAUGGGGAGACAAUCAAAGUAGAUGACGCGCCAGACCAUGUCUUUGGGUUUGUUUUGCUAAACGACUGGUCGAGUCGGGAUAUCCAGAUCUUUGAAAUGCCGCCGUUGGGACCGUUCAACUCGAAAUCCUUCGGCACUACCAUCUCUCCCUGGAUCAUCACGCUCGAUGCGUUAAAGGCAUUCCAGUGUGCGCCGAAGCACAGCACUCACCCGUUGGAGCAUCUGCGAUUCAAGGACUUCGAGCAUGGCACUUUCAACAUCAAACUCGCGGCUUCCCUCGAGCGAGACGGCAAACGGCAUCAGAUUUGCACAAGCAAUCUCCGUUACCUGUACUGGACCCCCUACCAGCAGAUUACCCAUCACGCAUCUGCAAACUGCGGACUCCGCACGGGCGACCUGAUGGGCACGGGGACCGUCUCGGGAGAUGGCAAGGACGAGAAGACGGGGAAGAAAUUCGAAUUGGGCUGUCUGUUUGAGGCGACACAGCACGCCAGCCAGCCCAUUGCCCUCGAGGGCGGUGGGAAACUGGGGUAUCUUGAAGAUGGCGACUCUGUCAUCCUGUCGGCAUGGUGUGAAGACUCGACCGGACGGCGAGUGCUCGGUUUUGGCGAGUGUCGUGGGAAGCUUGUGGGACCUGACGCGCCAAUUUCUUGA